AUGCAGUAUGGUAAAAGAGAAAACGAAUUGAGAAAACCAAAAAUUGAACUUCUUUUUCCAGAAGAAUUAGACAAACAAAUCUUACCUAAUGAGUCAGUGGAAUCACUUGAUAGCUUCUUACCCUAAUACCAUAGUUCUAAUUAAUAAUAAUUUGAAAGUGAACAUCGGAUAGUACUGUAUUUAAGGUAGCUAGGAAUAGAAUUUAAAACAGACCCCAGAAAUAAAGAAUAAGAAUAUUAUGAAAAGUCUAAGAAGAAAGGAAUAAUUUUUUAGGCAUCUAUAAGUGAAUCACCUUAAUUGGGUCCACAGAAGAAUAAUCAAAUUUUUUAACUCAAGCAAAUGAAUAUUGGGGAGUUCACACCAUGGUUAAACCCAUUACUAGCACGUAAAAAGCAAAGCUUAGAAACAUGA